AUGGAGGUGGCAUUUCUGGUCAGGGAUUCCAGUCUCAUGGAAGCAGCGGGGGACGGCCAGGGCAGAACGGUUUUGGAUCUACUGGAGGUGCCACCGCCGGGCUUCCAGUCCCAGGGAGGCAGUGGCGGAAGACCGGGACAAGGUGGAUUUGGAGCCGGAGGCCAGUUCGGCGCUGGAAAGGGCGUCACUGGCCAGGGCUUCCAGUCCCAGGGAGGCAGUGGCGGAAGACCGGGACAAGGCGGAUUUGGAGCCGGAGGCCAGUUCGGCGCUGGAAAGGGCGUCACUGGCCAGGGCUUCCAGUCGCCGGGAUCUGGCGGCGGAGGAAGAGGUCAGCAGACGAGCUUCCGUCCCUCGGGCAGCGGAUCCUUCGGCCAGGCUGGUGCUGGCAACCAAAUCCUGCUGCUGAACACCAACCCGGGCCUCGGCGGCUCGGGCCCGCUGGGACAUCAGCUGGGUACCUGCUCCGCCUCGCUCGUCUGCGUACCCGUCGCCAUGUGCAACCCCUACACGGGCUUCGUGCGCGGUGGGCUGCGCUUUGAGCCGAAAGAGCCGACCCUGCAGCCCACUGUAGCACUCGACCGCUGCAGCGAGCUCAAGGACGGCGGCGUCGGUGACGGCGUCUGCUGCCAGAUGCCGCACAUCAACGACCCCUGGCCGCGUCAGUGA